CUAGUACAUUGAAUAGAACGGGCGUGCUAAGUGAUAGAAAAGCCAAGUAAAACAAACGUAUAUAACGCUACACAUAUAUAGUACAUAUAGUAGUAGCAGUCAUGGAAAGCAUUUGGCAGGAGUUUUUAUCAUUUCUGAAGACCUUGCUGUGCUUCAUGGUGGCCCUAAUGAUGUUGCCAUUUUUGCUUCUAUCAUUUCUGUGCGCGCACUUUGCCAACGAAGUGGCCAAUUAUUUGCUGAGCAUCAAGUAUCCCAAUUUGACCAUAUCCAAGUCAAAGAAAAUUCGCACCUUGAUCGAUACUCCUAAGAAUGCCGGCAUCUUUCACUUCCUCCUCCAGGUCGAGGGAUCCUGUGACUUUGAGAGCAUCAAACGGGCCUAUGCCCAACAAUUGAUCGAGUUAAAGGAUAAGGCGGGCAUGCUGAAAUUUCCAAAGUUGAGACAGAAGCUGGUCACGUGCUGGGGUCACUAUGCCUGGGUCAAUGAUAGCAGCGGCUUCAACAUUAACAAUCACGUCCUGUUGGGCACGCACAAACAUCGAGGUCGUCCUGUGAACGAGUCCAACAUCCAGGAAUACGUCAGUGAAUUGGCUGCUAAAUAUAUGCCCUCUGAUUUGCCGCAAUGGCAGGUGACUGUCAUACCCAACUCGGAUCCCUCACAGCCUUACUAUAUACUUGUAAAGCUGCAUCAUUUGAUCAUCGCCGAGGAAGAAGAUUUGCAUGUGGGUGAGAUGCUGUUACUUCAGGACACAGAUCGGAAGACCAUUUUAAACCUGCAGGAUGAAUUAGCGAUGCCAACGCACAGCAAUCAGUUGUCCCACUUUAUAAGACAGCCGGAGCACAUAAGUAAACUGUUGAACCAUGUGCUGCACCUUGUCAGUUGUCGCUGGCAACAGUUCAUCUAUGAAUUUGAAUCUCUGGAUACGCCCGAUGGCGUCAGGGCGCAUCCAGAUGCCCAGAAUCUCAGCCAGCUGUUGUCCCUGGUCCUCAUCGUGUUCGUUAAUGUCUGCCUGAGUUAUUGGCGCACUCGAUCGAUGCGGCGCAAACUCCAUCGUCGGUCUGGAGGAUAUCGCCAUGAUGUGGGUGUCAUGCAGACACUGUAUCUCAUCCUUCUCCGUGAGCUGGAACAGCGUAAUCUCAACUGGGCAGUGGCAAGAUCCGCACUCGGAAAUAGCCUCCAACCGGCUAACAUGGUGAAGGCCUGGACUCGAUUCGUGGGCCAAUUGGCGCUGAAUCAUGUCAUCCUUUUGCCUUAUCACAUCUAUUGUGAGCUGCUGGCCUUGCUCGAUGUUGUGCUCCGCGGACAUACAAGCUAUAGCACAACCUACUGUGCCCGUCUCCAUCUCUAUGUUCCGCUUUUAAUUUAUGCCCAGCUCGAGUUGAUCAAGAUUUGCUAUGAGGUAUUCAAGGCGCCACGCAACAUCUUUGAGGUCCUAUUUGUCCAUCCAACAAAGGAACUCAACAUUCUGCACAAGAAAUCCUAUGCCGGACGAAAGAUCGUUUCCUUUAGUCGUUCCAUCGAUGGGGCCCUGCUGCGUGAACGUCAUCAGCAUCUGUUUGGCCAAAAGAUUCGCGAAUCCGACUUUAGCUUGGCCUGUCUAGCGGGUGCUGUCCAUGAUUACUUCAAUACUUUCUCAGACACUGCGGCGGUGCCAACGCUAUUGAACACCACUUGUCGAACCAUCUCCAAGGGUUACUUUACGGAUCGCAGUGGCGAUAAGUCGGAACACAUUGGCGGGGUGGUGUUCCUGCAGCUACCACUUGGACCCCCCGACGCCCUUAAGGCGCAUCAACUUCAUGACAUUGUGGAACGUAUUAGGAGACAGCAGAUCAUGAUCUAUUUGGCCUCCAUUGGCCAGACCAAGUAUAGUGUGUUAACGGCGCUGUUUCCCCACGUGCUAACAAAGAUCUUCAUUAACUUUUUCUCCUAUAACUUUCCUGUUACUAUCACUGAGAUCUACGGAGCAGCGGACACAAAGUUUCUGUCUGCCUGGGGACAGCGGGUGCAAGAUGUGCUGUUGUUUAGGCCGCCGCAAUCAAAGACCUGCUUAUCACUAAAUCUCCAUCGAUUUGGAGACAAAUAUAGGUUGGCAAUUAUGGCCGACACUCACCUGGCUCCCGAUCAUACGAUUCUCACACAAUCCUUUGAGCGAUAUAUGGAAACGGUAACGUUGUGAGAGCAUUUGAAACCAGGUAAUAUACAGAUACAAUAUUACUGAAUGGGGUAUUCUGAAACUGGAUAAAUUUUUAUUUUAAAAAUGUACUAUAAAAAAACUUUAACUCUUGUUUU